ACAGAACCGGUAAUGGUAUUAGGAUGGAUAAGACAUAUGUGUUUGAGUUCAAUUCGAAGGCGAUUACCGCGCACGGAGGCCCUAUUUCUUUACCACCCGAUUUGACUUUUCAAAACGUUCUCAGGCUAUCUCUCGAUGGCAACAGCUCCGUCAAUCUACCUCGGCGUAUAGUUCUCAAGAAGGAGCUCACCGACAACCCGGAUCUCUUUGACAACGAGCUCCGUGUAUAUCGCCAUCUCCAAAGCUUACAGGGAACGGUUAUACCUGAAUGCUUAGGUCUUGCAAAAAUUGAUGGCGUAAGGGCUCUAUUGCUAUCCGACAUAGGAGGUGUUUCUAUGCUUGAUUCGGGGAUGCCGCGCCUCGAGCAAGCGACACUGGAACACAAGCUGGCUUUUCCAGUUCGCCUAAUACGUCAAUCUGGUGUACACCUUGGUGAUUUCAAAAUGGGCAAUGUACAUUGGUGCGGGGAUGCGUUUUGUGUUCUGGAUUUUGAACAUGCAGAGAUUCUCCCAGUGAACUCCAAAUUUGAAGAAGCAGAUGUUCAGAAGCAAGUGCAGUAUGUUAGCGAGCCAUUUUUGAUGCGCCAAGAAGCGUCGGCGAAGAUGACGAGAUUGAUACAGCGCAAGCGCCUCAGUCACCGUAAAGAUCAAAGACAGCGGGGUCUCAAAUUCAAAGCGAGCAGUAGCGUCUGAUACUAGCUCGUGAUUCUCUUCUAGAAAUCUACAAACUCUCAACUCC